AUGCAGAAGCAGCACCGAGAGAUGAUGACCCAACUGAUUCAACAGCAGCAGCAAAGUGAUGAGAAGCAUGAACGCUUUCUCCGUACGAUCGCAUCGUCAAUCAACGUGCAGGUACCACCGAAUCCGGAACAGAUCCUUGACUCUUCGGCCGGCAACAUCAAGGAAUUCCGGUUCGAGGCCGACUCCAACGUGACGUUUGCGGCUUGGUACUCGAGAUACGACGAUCUCUUCGAGAAGGAUGCUGCUAGAUUGGACGGUGAAGCAAAAGGUCGUCUUCUUUUGCGAAAGCUGGGUGCAUCGGAGCACGAACGGUAUGUGAGUUACAUUCUGCCUAAACUUCCGAAAAAUUUUAGCUUCCUGGAAACAGUGGCCAAGCUCAAGAGCCUGUUCGGAGCAAAAGAAUCGGUGAUCAGCCGUCGCUACCGAUGCCUGCAGAUAGCGAAAAAUCCUGCAGAGGACCAUGUGGCAUUCGCUUGCCGCGAAAACAAGGCUUGCGUGGAGUUUGAGCUGGGUAAGCUCUCGGAGGAGCAAUUCAAGUGCUUGGUCUACGUGUGUGGUUUAAAAUCGGAGAACGACGUCGAGAUUCGCACCCGCCUCCUCACGAAAAUAGAAGAGAGAAAUGACGUGACGUUGGAGCAACUUUCGGAGGAGUGCCAGCGGCUGUACAACCUGAAGCACGACAGCGCCAUGAUCGAAUCUCCGUCCACGUACGACCAAGUACAAGCGAUAAGAAAAUUUGGUGGGAAGCGGUACGAAAAGCGUGACCGUGAGUCACCGAAACAUCCUUCCAGUGACACCGAAUCCAAACCAGUGCCAGUGCCAAACCCCGAAAAACUGGAAGGAGGCGCAGGAAGCAACCAGUGUCCGCCAAGGUGGUGGUAG